UGACGAGCGCGAAAAGUGACAAGCAGUACCUGGGGGGGGGGCAUUGUGGGUACCAAGGCGAGCUAGGCAGUUAGGCCCGAAUGUCCAGUUUAUUGUGAAUAUAUCGUGUUGUUUUGAAGUGUGAGUUUAUUAUCCGUUCACGAUUGUUUUAAAUUCUCAGCAGGCGUAGAUAUACUAUUGUUAGGUUGGCCUUAGGUCCUGUCAGUGAUCCGUUACAAUAUAUGUCUUUCCAACUGAGAAGUGGUGAUAAAAGAUAAAAGGUGAUAUAUAUUGAAUCGAAAGUUUCGGCUAUUUUAUUUCUGUGUUUAGUGUUCGGUAAUAACAUACUCAAUACUCAUCAUAAUUAUGAACGGUGAAACAACAGACAUUUUAUUUCAUAUUAUCUAUCAGGAACAAGAGUGUACUUUAGAGCUAUUUAAAUAUGAUACUGUGGGAGAUUUAAAAAAUGAAAUAUUUAGAUAUUUCGGAUUAGCGCCCUAUAAACAGGUUAUUGAAUGUUGGUAUAAAAUUCCUGAAAAUGAUUCCAACACUCUGUUGAGUUGCUGCAUUGAAAAAGACGUCAAUGUUUUAGUGGUAUACAACAUCGAAAAUGUUUUUCAAAACACCAGUACCUCACAGGGAAAUAAUGAACGGUUUGAACCCACCGAAGUUACAGUAAACGAAACACAAGCAAUCUUAAGUUUUGUUCAAUAUUUCUCAACCAGAUUUUCUAACAGAGGUAUAACUUUUCAUAUAUGUUGUCUGGAAGAAGCUCUCAACCAAGCUUUUCAAAAGGAACAAGUAGUACUUUUAUAUUUGCACAAUAAAAGCGAAAAUUUUUCGAAUUUUUUUUGCGAACAACUGGUCAAACCUGACGUUCAAGAGGCGUUAAGUAACGUCUUUUUAUUAUGCUGGGAUAUUGAAAAGGAUGAGUACACUGAAACUCUAAUUAAGGUUCUGCACAGCCGACAUGAGUUGAAAAGUUUCGAUCGUUUUAUUACAAAUAAGAUCUCUGUUACGAUUGUAAUAAUCCCCGAAGAAAAUUCGUUACAAGUAUUAAGUGUUUUGAAGGAAGGCAUGUCUCCGUUAAGUUUUUUGACGACAUUGCAGCAAGCCCAAAAAAUGCUCCCAAGCGAUAACGAUCACUUAAAUGAGAACCAGAGAUCUAAAUUUGGUUCUAAGGAAUAUCAACAGAUGAUGCUAGACAUGCUUGGGGAUCGAGAUUACGAUAGUUUUGACUAUUAUGAGCACGAAUUUUUAAAAGAAAAAAUUGCGUAUGCUAUAUAUGGUCCUCCAGAAACAGAAGAGGGAUACAGCGCGGACAAACACAAAAAAAUCGAUUUUUUGUUCGACUUAAUAAUAAAACAAAGCAAUUUAAUUACGAAAUGGAAAGACCGCGUUAUCAUAUCCUUUAUCUACGUUUGCAUCGAACCACUCCCAAAAGAAAAACAAAAGCGAGCUAAAAAAUUCGAAAAUUACGACCCUGACUGUGACUUGACUCCUUUUCCCCUUUUCAUACUGAGAAAAUGCAAACUCAGCAAUAAUCCUUGCCGGGUCAUUAUUGACGACGUUGGUCGUGUGUACCACUCUUGGAAUGAUUAUCUAAGUGAAAAUAAGCUCCCUAAGUGUGAAAUGAUUUUCCCAAAAGAUGGACGGUAUAAAAGCGAUGAAAGUGGAAACGUGAUUCUAGAAAAACAAUUAUCGCCCCAAUGUCGUGUCACAAAUGCUAUUCUGAAAGGAACAGACAUUGCUAGUGCUGUGGGCGGAAUAGCUUCAGGAGGCGUGAUGAUAGCUGCUGCUUCACUUCCUGUAAUUGCAGCUGCUCCUCUGGUGGUGCCGGCUGCUACAAUAACAGGGGCUGCACUGGGAGUGUAUUCACUUGGACGAAGUGUUUUUGGUCUCUACGAUCGGCAUAAACACCGCGAGAGUUUAAAUUUUUUCGAGUCGUCUGAAGCCCGAGGAGCGUACAUUAACAUUGUUGCUGGGGCUUUGGGGUUUGCUGGAGCGGGAGCCAACAUGGUUGUAUCUAAAUUGGCCGCACAAGGAUUUAACAUUGGAAGAGGUGCUACUGCUACUGUUAACACGAUCAAUAUCGUUAAUCUUGGAGUUGGCGGUGCUGGAAUUGCCAAUUCCAGUUACGAAGUUCUGAAGAACUGGGUGUCCGAAAACGAAAAACCAUCUCUCUUGACUAUAGUUCAAUUGAGCUCUUCUAUUCUUUUCUUCGGACAUGCUGUUUACAAUUUUAAGUCUGUUGGUACCAUUGUUGAGGAAGCUCAAGCCAACACACUGAAAGAUUUUCAAGAGUCUCUAAGAAGUAAUAGACACAGAAAAACAUUUAAUAAACUUUUGAAAGAAACGAUUCGCCAAAACGAAGGAAACGUCCAAAAAGGCCAAGCUGAAGUAAUAUCGACGAUAAGGAAUAUAAAGAACAAGGAUGAUGUGUUUGCCACUUUAACGCGUACCAACAAGGCAAUGCACAGGAAUAAGGUUAGAUUCUCUGCAGUUAAUGGAGAAAUUUCGUUAAAUGGUGUGCCUGUCGACAUGACAGCGUUUGCCAAAAUGGAAAAGAACGAAGUCAUUACAUUUUUAACCAGUCUACCAAAUACACCAAACCCCACAACCGCCGACAUUCGCAAUAUGAGUGUAACGAUUCGUAACUCUUUUUACGGUAUAAAUGCUUCUCAAGUAGGUGCAUUAGCUGUUGGUUUAGUCAAACUUUUUGGUUCAUCGGAUUUAACCAUACAGGAGAAAAUUAUCAGUGCUGUAUCUGAACUGGUCAAAUUCUUGCUAACACAAGUCGGUAUCAUGGACGAACUCGAUCGAAUAUUUUCCACCGUGGAUAAAUACUUUCGCUUAAUUAAUAUGGUAAAUAGAUAUUUCCAAUCACUGAUAAACGUAGUCGAGGAGAAAUAUCAAAUGUGGUUGAAAACGCGAGACCCGGACUUAGAAGAACCUUACUUCCUUCGAUUAUCUCUAGAUUGCGCUAAAAGGGCGGCUGAAUUGUUCAAUUUAGUAUCUGAAGCUUAUUUCACAGGGACUAAGCUUAACGCGUUUGGUCUCAAAAAACUACAGGAAUAUUUUGUCACUUGGUUCACCAACCAGGUUUACUCGUAUGAAGAGAGACAGCACAGAAGAGUUCAAAGAAGACAACAUAGUCAGCAACCGAGAACAAGAAAACAUUGUCCCGAUUGCGGGGGAUAUUUUUACCAAUUAUCAUUGAUUUAGCUGUUACAUUAUAUUUAAAAAUAAUGUUAACCAAAAAUUAUGUGUUACUAUUUGUGAAUUUUAGACAUGUCUUUAAAACGAGCAUUACAAUAAAUUAUUUAAAACCAAUAA